AGCUACUCUGCAUCCUCAAGGAAAGAAGAUUUGUAGACGUCUGCAGCGUUCUGCUUGUCUUCGCUCUGUGGGUGUGGGUGUGUCUGUGUGUGUGUGUGUGUGUGUGAGAGAGAGAGAGAGAGACAGAGAGACAGAGAGACAGACAGAGAGAGAGACAGACAGACAGUCGAGGAGAGAGAGAGAGAGAGAGAGAGAGAGAGACAGACAGACAGACAGACAGACAGACAGACAGACAGACAGACAGUCGAGGAGAGAGAGAGAGAGAGAGAGAGAGAGAGAGAGAGAGAGAGAGAGAGAGAGAGAGAGAGAGAGAGAGAGUUGCGCUGGUGAGGUGUUUGCGACGCGGCCAUGGCUGCUGUACGGUUUGCUGUCGUGAUGCUACUUCUCUUUGCCUGCUCGCUCAUCUUCAACGACCUGCAAUGUGCUCGAGGCCAAGAAGAGGACACUUAUACUACGCCUACGUUCCCUGGGUAUUGCUCCACAGCUGUUCCAAGGCUUCCCUGGGCAAGUUUACAAGAGGUGUGUACGCCGAAGCAAGGCCCGUUCACAUCUACCUGCUGCGAGUUCAUCAAGGGAAUGAAAGAUUACGAGGAAAUGAAGACCCGCUGCGGGCAACAGAUUGCAAUUUAUGGUAAGACGUUGGGAUAUGACGUCCGCCAGCUCGCCAGCGAUUGCAGUUUGUAGUUUCCCAGAAUGUCAACCGGGUGGUGGCACUGGGUGCUCUGUGGAACUGCUGCUCCCCACGAAUAGACUGGAGCACUGGUCCUGACUACAAGGGAGGGAUGCACCCAUCACAUUGCCUAGUAGUUCGGGCCCGUAAUUGGAAAAAAGAAAAAACGUGAUGACCGAGUUAGAGGUCAAGAGAUGGGGGAAGAUUGAGAGACAACUAGGGAAAAGAAAGACGGAGUGAAAGAGAACACAAAACAACAGCAGUUUGAGACGUUCUGCUCCGAGAGUUCGGGGCUGGGCUACGAUGUCUUCAGACUACGGAGAGUUCACAGGACGACUAUGGUCAUCAAGUCCUGCGUCUGCGUCUGCGUCAGAGAGAGAGAGAGAGAGAGAGAGAGAGAGAGAGAGAGAGAGAGAGAGAGAGAGAGAGAGAGAGAGAGGAUCACCCAGUUGCUGUGAGUUAAUGAGGGAAAGAGCAGGUUUUUGUGUGCAUGUUUACGUAGUUCCAGUCCGGAAUCAUCCCUCUCCAAUGAGCAGCCCCAGAGUCCUCGAGGAGUGGCUGCUAUAAAUUGAAAUGGGCAUGCAAACAAGAAGUUACGUGAAGUGUGUUUUGUUUGGAGUGGAAGGGGAAGACCCAGAGGGCCCCGGACCGUUAGCGAAUCGUUAUCGUUAUAAUUCCACUCACAAAUUACAGAGGACUUUUGUCGACGGACUGAAUGAGGAGUGUCACCGUGACGAGUGUGGGUAACAAAAAGUUUUAUUGCCAUUCUGAUUCCAUUGUUUCCGCCCUUUGAUUUAUGCCAUUAUUCUAUUUUUUUCAUUCCGUGAUAUGAUGAUCAAGGGUCCUCAAUUCGACCAUGAAUGACUCAUGAAUUGCGCCCGGUCGUAAUUAUUCACUCAUGAAAUGACUGACGAAUUUGAGGGAGUGAUUUAUCAUUUCUGUCCAGGAAUGGGAAGAGGUGUGCGAGCAACAAACAUUCCAGUCGAAUUAAUAAUUGUGAAAAAGCCGAGUGUUGGCUUUCUUUUCNAGAGAGAGAGAGAGAGAGAGAGAGAGAGAGAGAGAGAGAGAGAGAGGAUCACCCAGUUGCUGUGAGUUAAUGAGGGGAAGAGCAGGUGGGACCGUGGGGGGGUGUUUUUUGUGUGCAUGUUUACAGUUUACGUAGUUCCAAUCCGGAAUCAUCCCGCUCCAAUGAGCAGCCCCAGAGUCCUUGAGGAGUGGCUGCUAUAAAUUGAAAUGGGCAUGCAAACAAGAAGUUAAGUGAAGUGUGUUUUGUUUCGAGUGGAAGGGGAAGACCCAGAGGGCCCCGGACCGCUAGCGAAUCGUUAUAAUUCCACUCACAAAUUACUGAGGACUUUUGUCGACGGACUGAAUGAGGAGUGUCACCGUGACGAGUGUGUGUAACAAAACGUUUUAUUGCCA